UGAAUCCCGUUAAAUAUAUUGGGUGGGCCGGUGGGGAAAAUAGUGUGAGGUUCCGUUUUCCUCCGUAUAUCACAUUGGAAAAUGUGCUUCUUUUAAACAUUAGCGGUUAAUUUUGAGAUUAAAGCGAUUUUCAUCACCUGUUUCCUGACUCCUGAUUGUGUUACACUCCGGGUUUGCGUUGUCGCUGUCGUUUGUCUGGCUCUCUGCAGGCCAACAAAUACCCAGUUUAAUUUAAAAUCGAAUAUUUUACUGAACAGACUGCUGCUCGCCCCCCUAAUAUAGCGGCAAGUCUCUACGUGCAACCUGCGUAUAAUCAUAGUGGUCUUUGCCAUUGUCUCCUUUUGUGUCUAUACGUGAAAUCGACUGACCAGAAAACACGUGGGCCGAGUAAGUGUGAAGAUAUCCGGUUUGUAGGUUGCGCUGAAAGCCGGAGUUACUCCCGACAGACCUCGCUAUGGUGAAUGGAUUCAGCGCUAUCCUGGACAAAAAGAAGAGUGCCUUGAUGUGGGCAGUAUGAGUAAGACGCCCCCUAACAGAAGAGGGAUAACAUUUGAGGUGGGAGCUCAGCUUGAGGCUAGAGACAGCCUCAAAAACUGGUAUGCUGCCAACAUUGAGAAGAUUGACUAUGAAGAUGAAAAAGUGUUAAUCCAUUACCGGCAUUGGAGCCACCGCUACGACGAAUGGUUUGACUGGACAAGUCCCUACCUGAGACCUGUAGAGAGAAUUCAGCUGAGGCGGCAGGGCCUGAAUGACGAUGCUCCGAUACCUGCCUUUCAUGUGAAUGAUAAAGUGUUGGCCAGCUGGUCUGACUGCCGUUUCUAUCCUGCCAAGGUCAUUUCGGUUAAUAAAGAUGCAUCCUACACUGUGAAGUUUUAUGAUGGUGUCAUUCAGACAGUGAAAGGGAUACAUGUGAAGCCUUUUACCAGAGAGAGGGGUGGAGGGAAGUCUCGGUCCUCUGAAAGGAACAUGGUUAGGCGGGCCCCGAACCGCAGAGACAGAAGGCCUCAGGAGAACGGGGGUCCCAAGAACAAGCGAGCCAGACGCAGCAUUUCAGACCAGGAGGAAGACAGCAAUAGUGAGGACGAGGAGCAGGAACAGGGAAUGGUAAAUGAUAAAAACAAGAAGGCAAAUGGUGAGCUAGAGGCUGCACCCACUAUCAAAAAAGAGGAGGAAACCUCAGAGAAAGCGGACCAUGCCAAGCCCAGGGAUGCAGAAAAAGGGACAGAAUUCACUAAUGGAGUCGAUGAAGGCGAAAGGGAACGUGGAGAAAUGUGCCAUGUAAAUGGAGAGGUGAAGAAGGAAGAGGUGGAAAUGGAACAGACUGGAACAAAGCCAUAUGCAGAGUCACCAGAGCCAUACACAGAGUUGCCCACUCAGACGUCAUCGCAAACAGAGCAGGUGUCCGUCACUAUGACAACCGCAGAAUCCAGUGGCGAUGUGGAGCAGAAACCAAACGUCCAAUCAGAGGCUGCUCCGCCUGCAGCGGAUGUGCCGCCUCCUCAGCCUGUGAAACCAGUGAGGAAGCAGGGUUUCCACAACCCCAACAGAUUCAGCAGAGAACCAUUGUAUCGAGUUAUCAAAAACCAGCCUCCUCCUGUCCUGUCCAUCAAUCUUGAUCACAACCCGUUUAAGUGCAGCGCUCCUGGCUGCACAAAGUCAUUCCGUAAAGCCAAGCUGCUCCAUUACCAUAUGAAAUAUUACCAUGGUGAGGAACAGCCUCCUGAGGGGGACUGCAGCCCCACAAGGAACGUCCAGACCAGGGCCUCUGAGAAACAGUCUGGUGCCGCUGGUUUGGAUGGCCCAAAGAGAAGACGCACCAUUUCUGCCUCCAUGCAGUCUGUUGGAGUUGCCACAGCUCCGCGUGGUGAACUGAAGACCGCUGGCAGGCGCACAUCAGCCCCGCCUGCAGUCAACACUCACGGCCACCAGCAGAGGGCACUGUUGAGGGAGAAAAGCAAGGAGAACCAGCUGGACAGGAAUGGCUGUCUGUUGCAGGACAAAGACUCAGACAAGAGUUGCUUUGAUAUUGGUUCGGUCAAAGAUAAACUGAAAGAGAAGCCAAAACAGAAGGACUUCCUACGCAUUAAACUAAAGAAAAAGAAGAAGAAAAAGAAGGCCAAGUCUGACUGCGCAGGUAGUGAGGAGAAUAUUGGCAUCUCUGUAUUGGGUCUUCAGUCCAAAUUGAAUUUGCCACUCAAACCCCCCCCCUCACACAAUCACAAGCCUGAGGCCUACCCCAGCAGGCCUGGAUACAGCUACUCAGAGCAGAUACAUGUGGAUGACGAGGAUAGCCUCAGUGACUGGUCCACUGAUAGCUGUGGGUGGAGUGAAGAUGACUUCGAUGUGGAUUUGGACGUCACUACACCGCCUCUGAGUGUGGACUCUGGUGCCUUGGACACCAGUGACCAAGAGAUAGUGAGAUGCAUCUGUGAGGUGGAAGAAGAGAAUGACUUCAUGAUUCAGUGUGAAGAUUGUUUGUGCUGGCAGCAUGGCACCUGUAUGGGACUGUUAGAAGACAAUGUUCCAGACAGAUACACCUGCUACAUCUGCAGAGACCCACCAGGUCAGAGGCAGAGUCUACGCUACUGGUAUGAUCGUGAGUGGUUGACCAAUGGUCACAUGUAUGGCCUCUCGUUCUUGGAAGAGAACUACUCUCACCAAAAUGCCAAGAAGAUCACCACCACCCACCAGCUGCUGGGAGACGUGCACCAUGUAGUAGAGAUCCUCAGUGGUCUCCAGCUUAAGAUGAGCGUCUUACAGAACAGCUCUCCUCACCCUGACCUGCAGCUAUGGCGGCAGCCCUGGAAGCAUUUGGAGAGGUCACGCUUUGGCUCGGAUUCGUGUCGGAGCAGCAACGCAGCACCAUCUCCUGUGACUCCUGAUGAGGACAUGAACCGAGGAGAGAUCUUAAUGUCCAACGCUCUGGAGAAGCUGAGUCGUGCUGCUACAUCUGCCACCACCUCUUCGUCCUGCUCCUCUUCCCCCUUUCCUUCCUUCCAAGACUCGUACAUUACCAGUGAACACUGCUACCAGAAACCACGGGCAUAUUACCCAGCAGUGGAGCAGAAGCUGGUGGUGGAGACCCGACAGGGCUCUGAGCUGGAGGACAGCAUGAGAAGCACAGAGGAGCUGCUGGAACGAGAGCAGCGAUAUGGAAGCUUGUUUGAGACAGACCAGCCCAAAUCAACAGGCAUCAGCAACAAGGCUUCAUUGGGCGGCUCGUGGUCUCAGGCCGAGAACAGGGAGGAAGGUUUUAAGGACACCGGAGAAGCUGCAGACAACAGUAGGCAGCAUCAACAAUGGAGGCUCAACCUGCUCGAUCACAUAGAUGCCGUCCAGGACGAGGUCUCACACAGGAUGGACUUCAUUGAGAGGGAGCUGGAUGUGCUGGAGAGCUGGCUGGACUACACCGGGGAACUGGAGCCUCCUGAACCUCUGGCUCGUCUGCCUCAGCUCAAACACCGCAUGAAACGGCUGCUGACACAGCUAAGCAAGGUGCAGCAGAUCGCCCUGUACAGCUCCACGUGAGGGCGUCAGAGAAGAGCAGCAGGUUCAGAUGUCCCACAGCCUGCAGAGACGAUGCAGUGGCUGAAGCUCGCUGAUCACAGGCUGCAAAGAUGACAGUAUUCACGCAGGUCCAAGACUUUGUUGGUUCAGCACAUUUGCUCUGAUCUGACCUCUGCUGCUGUUUCUCCUUUUUAAAGGGUCUGUGUGGUGGAAUGUGAUGCCGCACUCAGCUUGUGUCAUAUAUGAAUAUUUAUAUGAACAUAUAUGAAAAGUGAGCAUCUUAAAAUCAGGAUUAAACACAAGAAGUAACCUCGUAAAUGCAGGAGAAAAUCUUUAGGACCAGAUUACACUUCUGUGGUUUCCAUGCAACUCUAAACCUUAUGAAUGCCUUUUGUCUGAGCUACUGCUUGAGGUUGCCCCGUCUCUCCCAGUACACAGUGCUUUACAUGCAGAAGCAGCUUUAUAAUCAAAUUGCAGUCGAGUUCCUGAACCUACACUCUUUGCAGUAGAUUUUUUUUUUUUUUUUAAAGACAUUUUCAAAUUGUCCUGUUUGUUUUUCAUAAACACGUCUCCCAAAGUUUAGUUGCGGUCAUUUGUCAUGCCAUAAUGUGUCAAAAUUCUUGAGGUAAAUGUGGACAGGUGGCAACUUGAAGACGUCUAGUGCGUAACAAUGCUGUACAAGCAGUCCCUACAAAAAAACUAAACAAAAUCUAUUUUUUGAGCUCCUCAAGGGUUUGUUUUCUACUACACUGUGAAGUUAUUUUUGUUGGGUAUCAAAGGCAUCUUAUUUUUAGCUUUAAUGGCAAAAACAAACGUUUUGUCUAAAAGCUGAAAUUCUUUACUAGCAGUCUGCUCAUCAGUUCCCUGUUUUAUCACUUUGUGUUAUUACUUCCAAGUUACUCUUUGCAUUGUUGUUCCUAUAGCACUUGACCUAUGAUUCACUGAAAAUUGUAAUGUGGACUUGUCUCUUCUUAUUCUAGCAUCUUGUGUCAGUGACAUAUUACUCAGAAAACCUGUAAAUUUGUUUUCCUUUAUUUUUUUUUCAUCUGUUUAUUUACAGUAAACUGUUUGUAAAUAUGUCAUUCAAAUUGUAUGCUACUGUACUCUGUGUCUGGCUUAGAAGCAGGGAAAAAUGUCCAGAACAAUGCAAACAGAUUUCCUGGUACAUAAAUAAAAUAUCCUUGGUAUUAAUCACUAUGAA